GUUUACGCUUGAGCACAAGCAACAUUUUCGCGUUCUUUAGCUAUUGGAGCGAAAAUUGCGGAAACGAUUUUUGUGUAUUAGAUCUUUAAAUAACCAGGAGACUCAUAAGUAAAUAUGAAACUAGUAAGGUUUUUGAUGAAACUUAGUCACGAAACGGUGACCAUUGAGCUGAAGAAUGGCACACAAGUACACGGAACGAUCACAGGCGUGGAUGUUGCGAUGAACACUCACCUGAAAGCUGUUAAAAUGACGAUCAAAAACCGUGACCCUGUGACGCUGGACUCGUUGAGCAUUCGGGGCAACAACAUUCGUUACUACAUUCUGCCGGACAGCCUGCCGCUCGAAACGCUGCUGAUCGACGAUGCGCCAAAAACGCGAGCAAAGAAACGCGAAGCGAACCGCGGUGGUCCCCGCGGAAGAGGCAGAGGCACCCGCGGCGGCCGUGGUGGCCCACGAGGUGGUCGUGGUGGGGGACGCGGUCGCGGCAGACGCUAGACUUUGGGACACAUCUGCGCGCCACGAUGCUAGCCAUAAGGAUCUACUUUCUCUUUACAUUAGGAGCUACAGUCAUUUCGUGCGAUGGCUACGAAAGCUGGGGGUCGAGAAGCUGUAAAACGGAUACAAAAUGUAAAAACGGGCACAUUUAACAAACCAACAAUCUUUGUGUCCAGUUAGUGUAAAAUGUAUUUAACAGUCACACACCAUUAACGAGCACGUACAGACCGUACACAAGAAAGCAAAUGAAAAACAGGCAAGCAGCAACAGCGAACGAAUUGGAGUGUUUGGCUUGCAUCAUUUCAAGCUUUUGUCGAUUUUCUGCCAACUGUAUGCGUAGCUCGCUCAGCUCGUCCCAAUAUUCCCGCAUACGUUUGUCCGUAUUUGUUUGGUUAUCCAUGUUGUCCUCCAAGUUUCGCAUGCGCCUUUGCAAACCAUCGAACAC